ACAUGCACACAGACUCAGGUAAUAACUGUAAACUUUAUGGAAUUAGAAUCAGUCGACAUUUUCGCGUUGUAAAUUGUCGUGUCCACGUCGGCCUCUCUGUUCAUUUGUUCGUCUUAUUUCCCAGAGGCGGAACAUAACAGAAAGUUAAUUGUUUUCAGUGCCUGCGAGUGAUUUUUAAUUAUUGGUAUCACGCGAUUUUAUCGACACUGAACAAAUCCACAACUUCCAAACAGUUUUUCGAAGCUUCAAGAUGGUUCAACUGUCGUGCGUUCAGCGCGCACACGCGUUUGAAUUCACUGUACGCUCCAAUAAUUCUUGAACUGACUCAUCAGACCUUUUCAAGCAAUGUGGUGGCCAUCUGUCAUCCAGCUGAAUCCGCCAUGACAUCUGUUGAAAUUUGAAAACUUCGUGGCAGACAACUUUGAGAUCUGGUGGGCCGUACAAGUGACGAUCUCCAUCAUCCUCUGCAUUCAAAAGCCGUGCGACUCUUUUGCAUACGGGAAAAUGAAGGUGAUCGUAAUCCUCGUUGCGACUAUAACCGUCUGUUUGGCUGUUACCACCAGGCGAACGACACUCAAAUCGACUGCACGAAUAACCACCUUGAAACCCACCACGUCCAAGCCAAAAUUGACCACGGCAACAACUCGCAAACUGAGUGUUACCACAACUAAACCGGCCGCCGUUAUUCCAGUCUUUUCACUUUGCCGCGAUGCAAAUUCAUCCGCGUCCACUGGCAAAAUUCAGCUCAACAAAACUGCGCCGACGACUUCGACCAGCUCACGCACGUCUUCGUGCGUCUUUGACAUCGUCGCUCCACCCGGUCGGCAGAUUCAAAUCUCUUGCUCUGUCGUCUCCUUCGAUAAUUACACAAGCAAAAUGACAUUCAUUGGUUUGCCGGAAAGCGUCUUGCCACAACCCGUAGCCAACAGGACGUAUUAUUCUCUGGAAAACACUUUGUCGCUGUAUUCUGAAUUUGUCGGAUCGGACGGGUUUGAUUGUAAAUGGAACACGGUGCCCAAGGAGAACACAACUAAAUUUUAUUUGUGUCGCCACGGACAAACCUCAUCGGCUAAUGGUACCAUUCAACCCAUAGCUGGUAAUUCAUCGUCAGACACACCGAGAACGAGACAUUGUUCCUUCUCCAUCGUGGCCGCCUCAGGAUACCACAUUUAUUUUUACUGCUCGGCCAUCAAUCUCACAAGCUCUGGUAGUCUUAUUCAAAUUUCUGGUGCAACUGCCAAUGUUCUCGUAGCAAAUCAGACGUAUUUAUCAACUCCUGAUAAUAACGUGGUCCUAACGUCGAAGCUGGGCAACGCCGACUGGAUCAACUGCAACUGGACGACCGCACGCAGGGAAACUAAAACCCAGUUUAAACUUUGUCGUGACGGAGUGGCGACAGGGGCAGCCGGGACCAUUACACCAACCGGAGACGACAUCAGGCCCUGGGGAGGAUGUACGUUCGUAAUUGAGUCCUCUCCCGAUCAACGCAUUGAGUUCACCUGCACUGCCAUUAACCUCACCAGCCCUGGAAGUUACUUGGAGAUUAAUGGUCAAAUAGAGCAAACACCGAAUAUAAUUCCGAUAUUAAAUCGGACCUAUUAUUCUGAUUCCCGGCGAAACAAAUUGUGGAUAUCAUCUAUCGUGUCCAACACAGAUUGGUUCAGUUGCAAGUGGACGUUCACACGAAAGGAAAAUAGUUCGAAACUACAAUUUUGUCGUGACAGUGUGGCUGGAUCAGCCAACGGGACCAUUACAUCUUUAAAAGUAGAUGACCCGUUUGAUCAUUCAGGGCAAGAUAGAAUGUGUAAUUUGUUAAUCAAGGCUCCCCUUGAUCAACAGAUUCAAAUUUCUUGCUCUGCCCUGGACUUGAAUAGCUCCAACAGUUUCUUGUUGAUUUUUGGAUCGAAUGAAAAUGAACCCACAUUUUUUAAUUAUUAUCCACCCCUUCUCGCGGUCGUAUCAAACCGGGUGUAUUACUCGAAUCCAAACCACCUUGUUUACCUGUCAUCAAAAUUCAACAGUAGUGAUUGGAUGAAUUGCAGCUGGUCGACCGUACCAAAGCAAAUAAUAAUCAAUUCCAAUUUUAAAAUUUGUCGUGACGCUCAGACAACUUUAGCCAUGGGUACCAUCCAACCCUUAAUAGGCAACAGGGGGCAGAAGGGUCCGUGUUUUUUCUCAAUCAAAGCGCCUUCGAAUCAACAGACUGAAAUUUCUUGUUCAAUCCUCGAACUUAAAUCUCCUUUCAAUCUAGUUCUGUUCACCGGUGAUAUAUUAAAUGGAUUGGAAACCCUCAUCGAUGCAUGGCUCCCUAAAUUAACCCAAAAGUAUUAUUCAAAUGGCAAUCAGUUGAAUGUGAUGGCUUCAAUCGGCGACGAUGAUUGGUUCAGUUGCAAAUGGAGAACCGUUCCCAUGGGGAACACCUCUGCAAAAUCGCUAAUUCAGCGUUCGCCGUAACGCGGUUUUUCCAAUAAUACCGAUGAAGACUUCGGGUCAUAAAAUGAUCGAUGGUUUCGGUUAAAAUUUUAUAUAUCUGGUUUGAAUUUAUGUUUUCUUGCUAUUAUAACCUUACCAUUAGCAUGAGAAUUUUCUAUUUCCUUUAUAAUUUUGGUCUUUUUUCACUUUGAAUUUUUGUAUUAACUGAAUUUAAAAGUAAAUAUGGUUUCACACGGCAAAAAUUCACUUUGAUACUCGCAAAGUAGAAGAAACGUUAAAGUAUGGGUUAUUGAAAGGGGAUUUACGAUUUAGUUGGGGUACGGUAGCCAUUUGAUACUAUAUCACCGAUCGUAUUUUAUUUUUUUUUAUUCAACUUACUUUAAUUGAAUUUAAU